AUGUCUCCCCAGCGGGCACGGUCACCCGGCCUCGCCUCGCCGGCUCGCUCCCCGGCGCGAUCCGUGUCGCCUGCGGAAGGCGUGCGUACUCCCACUAAGACUGGGUACAUCCCGCCCUUACCGCCACCCACACCGACCGUCGAGGAGGAAGUCUUGCUCGACGAGGAGCCAAUGGUCGCUUCGCCUGUCAUGUCUCCGAUGCGCGCUCAGUCGCCUGCCCCACCGGUGUCCCGCCCAAUGUCACCUCACGGACGAGCUUUGCCUCAGCCUCCGGGCCCGGCAGGCAACGCUAUGAGCUUCAACCUCAACUCGAUCCCACUCGGCACUUCGCCUAUGAGGCUUCCGAUGCUGGGUCCCGACGGCGUGCUUGUCCCUCCGCAGGGCCCCCCCUCUGCUCUCGCGCGAUCGCCGGUUCCGAGUGCGGUCUGCACGACGGGUCACAGUCUGAACGUCCCUAGCCCACAGCCCAGCCGGCAACCGAGCCCGCAGACUUCGCCAAAGGCAAGCCCACGCCAGCCUCCGCGACAAGUCACCGACGAGAACUCUCCGUCAGGUUACGCGGACGACUCCCCUGUCCUCUCAACGAAGCGCCAGCACAAGGCCGAGUACAGCAGCCCUCGCAAGCGCGUCCCAAGUGACACGAUGCGCGUGGCGAGCAACGGAUCCGAGAAGUACGGCAGUGUGGGGCUCGGCAAGGGCCCGCGCCCGCGGAACACGACACCGAAGGGCCGCAAGACAUCUGGCACGCUGACACCCACGCGCCGCGUGAGCGCGAUGAGCAACGUGAGCGUGGUGGGAGCGGGAACGCGGAGUGUCAGCGCCAAGUCGGACGCGACGAUGCAGACGACCGACAUCGACGAUGUCGUUAUGAGCGACCACGCCGAUCUCCCGACAGCAGCGGACAGUGCGCGACAGCGCAUUGCGGACGCCCGCAAGCUCGCCCGAAGACUGAGGCAGGACACGGGGCAUGUGCGGAAGCACACCGCGAUGCGGGGUGCGGGCGUGCUGCGCUCUCCUCGAGUGCGCGGGUUGGCGGACGGCAACGACGAGCUGGACGACGUGACCCGAGCCCUGGCCCACAGCAGCGACAAGCUCGAGUCGACGCUCGUCUCCGCGCUCGCCGACGCAGAGCGGGUACGCAUGCUUGUCCGCUCCUACGACGCGCACGCCACACGAACAGCCUCCCUCGAGUCGGCGAUUGAGGAAGCGCGCGAGCGCACGUCCCAACUCGAGGCGCAGAUCCAGCAAGGCAAGGAGGCGCACGAGCUGCUCCGGUCCCAGCUGGCCGCGAAGGAACUCGAGGUCGAGGAGAUGUACAAUGCCUUCAACGCCGAGCUUGAUGGCAUGUACAACGACGCGACGCUCGAGCUCCUCCCCCAGACGGAGGCUAUGCGGGCCGAUCUGCAGCAGACCAAGACGAGGCGGAACGCACUCGAGGUCGAGAACUCGAAGCUGAGGCUGGAGAGGGAGGAGAUGGAGCUUAGGAUCAGGCAGAUGGCAGAGGUGCUCGCGAGGAACGGGCUCACGCUGGGCUAUGACUAG